AUGUGUACUGCUCGACGAACUCACAAGAGAAAUAGAUUAGUGUUUAUCAAUAGAAAUGGGUCACUGGACAUUGGUCACUCGAUAAUUAAAAUGCAGUCGGCACAGAAGCAAUGUUGUUGCUGUGCCUGUAGUGUUUUCUCAGCGUUGUUUGGUAUAGUGAUGGUGUCCACCGGAGUGUGUUUAGUACUAAAUUAUGGCUUAAUUGAAAUAGAUAUAAGUGGGCUACCGCCCCAGUAUCAAAAUGAAGAAGGCAAAAAGAUUGUAGGAAUUAUAUUAAUAUGUGUGGGAUUGAGUGCUAUGGGAAUAAGUGCUAUUGUCAGUAUAUUAUAUUAUACCAUCUGUUCUAGACCAAAACCCCAAAUAUCGUCCCUGGACAUGACCUCAAACUCCGAAUGCAGUUCAUCAUCAUCGAACAAUUCCACUAAACCCAAAGUCCGACCAAAACAUAAAACGGUACAGGAUUUGAAAAACGGUGCUCGAUAUCCAUCAAAUUUAGCUCCCCCACAACGGACUAAAAGACAUAAAAGAAAACCACCACAAUAUCAAACACGAUUGCCUACACACCGUGAGGAAGGUGAUGUUAGUAAUCUUAUAGUCACUUAUUCUGAUGGCGAAGCUAUAAUUAGUCAAAAUAAAAAUAAUAGUAACAGUCAGCAAAACAUUAACCAAUCAAAUUUAAAUAGUGCUAGUUCCUCAGACGAUAUUCAUUCCAAGCAACCUGUGAUAAUAUGUGUUGACUCAUUUCCACCAGUGACAGGAGUCACUAAUGACGCUUUCACUGACGACUCUCUAAGUCUCACGCAGAAUACUCACGUGGAACCCAGUGAUAUCAAAACACUAGAUGAUGAUAUCAAUCACUUAGUGGCAUGA